GAAAAGUGUUGUCUGACCAUCAUUGACUUACAAACUCUUGUUUUCUUUGUCAGAAAUAGAAACAGUCACCAUUUUUUAAUCAGCUCACUCUGCUUCACUCUGCUCUUCUCCUCAUUUUGCAGACACACAGGAAGAACAGCAAUGAAGCAGGAGAUGCUGUCGGCGGUCAUGCUUUUGUAUGUCUGUGGUGUGUUGUUGAUCGCGGUGGUUGUGGGCGGAUCUGUCGAUGUUUUUCAAGAUUCUAAAGACAUUUCGUUUCUAGACAGUGAUGCUUCUUCUUCACCGGCAGCUCCAAAACCUCUUAUGAUUGGCCUUACUCUUAUUCAGGGAGCUGACUCCAAAGGAGCUGUAUGCUUGGAUGGAACAUUGCCGGGUUACCACUUGCAUCGCGGGUCUGGAUCGGGUCUAAACAGUUGGGUCAUUCAAUUGGAGGGAGGUGGAUGGUGUGAUACCAUCAGAAACUGUGUUUACCGCAAAACUACUCGCCGGGGUUCUUCUAAAUUUAUGGAAAAAAUAAUUCCUUUCACAGGAAUUUUAAGCAAUAAGCCUCAAGAAAAUCCUGAUUUCUUUAACUGGAACAGAGUCAAGUUACGGUAUUGUGAUGGGGCAUCAUUCAGUGGGGACUAUCAUAAUGAGGCUGCACAGCUUAAUUUUCGAGGACAGCGAAUCUGGUCAGCUGCAAUGGAGUAUCUAAUGGCUGAAGGAAUGAAGAAUGCCAAUCAGGCUCUUCUUUCUGGAUGCUCUGCUGGAGGUCUAGCUUCCAUAAUACAUUGUGAUGAGUUUAAGGACUUAUUUCCACAAUCUACCAAAGUGAAAUGCUUAAGUGAUGCCGGAUUGUUUCUUGAUGCGAUUGAUGUUUCUGGUAACCGCACGCUACGACAUAUGUAUGAAGGUGUAGUUAGCUUACAGGAAGUGCAAAAGAAUCUGCCAAGUGCUUGUACCGACCACCUGGAUCCAACUUCAUGCUUCUUCCCCCAGAAUUUGAUUGCUAAUGUUAAGACUCCAUUAUUUCUACUCAAUGCAGCCUAUGAUGCAUGGCAGGUUCAAGCUAGUUUAGCUCCACCAACAGCUGAUCCUCAAGGUUCUUGGAAAGAAUGCAAACAAAAUCAUGCACAAUGUAAUUCAUCUCAGAUCCAAUUUUUUCAAGACUUCAGGAAACAAAUGCUAGAUGCCAUAAACGUCUUCUCAACGAAAAGACAAAACGGUUUAUUCAUAAAUUCAUGCUUUGCUCAUUGCCAAUCUGAGAGACAAGACACGUGGUUUGCUAGCGAUUCUCCCGUCAUGGCCAACAAGAGGAUUGCAGAAUCUGUCGGUGACUGGUAUUUUGAUCGCGUUGAUGUUAAAGCUAUCGACUGUGCAUAUCCCUGUGAUAGUAGCUGCCAUAAUCUAAUUUUCAAUGGUGUUACUUCAACAAUAAUAUUCUACGAGUCGUCGGGAUUAAAAACGACCCCGUUAAAUCUGCUUAGCUCAUUCUUGAUAGUACUAACCUGGUACUAAAAUUAGUAGAGUUUCAGUUUUAUUGAUGAAACGUAAUUGUUAUCUGGAAAAUCUAUAGAUGUGUUAGCUCUUACAUUUUUUUUUUUUUUUUGAGAAAGUGUUAGUUCUUACAGUUGCUCAAGUGUGUAACAUCUUGGUGUCGUAUUCAUCAACCACCUACAUUAAUUUGCAGUUAUUAUUUAAAGAUUCUUUCAAAUCAUAA